AUGGGCAGCCCGUUAUCACCAACUCUCGCCGAUAUAGUAUUGGACUCAGUGAUAGAAAGCGCAAUAAACUCACUCCCCUUCCGUGUUCCGUUUAUUAAAAAAUACGUAGACGAUCUGAUUCUAGCCAUACCGGAAAAUUCGAGCCAAAUCGUGCUGAAUGUGUUCAACAGCCAGGAAAAAAGAAUACAGUUCACCCUGGAGACUGAGCAAAACCAACACCUACCAUUUUUAGACCUGAGGAUAGUAAGGAAAGACGACCAAACAUUAACAACAGAUUGGUACGCAAAGCCAAUCGCAUCUGGAAGGAUGUUGAACUACAAUUCGUUCCACCAACUGAAAUAUAAAAUCAAUACAGCCUGCAACUUCAUCAACAGAGUAACAACAUUCUCCACAACAAGCACCUACAAAGAACAAAAAGCAAUCAUCUAUAAACUACUUCAACAAAACAGCUACCCAAAAACUUUAAUCAGUCGACUACUGCAACAUAGAGCACAGAAAAACAACACCAAACGUGAAAAUCCAAUCGUCACCCAGCCACCAACGAAUCAACUCGCCCACAUAACACCACAGCAACCAAUCAGCAUACAACAUAGCAUCAGCCCUCAGCAUACCACUCCGAAUCAACCAUCCAACGAAGCAUCAACCACAGGAGAAACAGCAAACCAGCCAACACAUCUACUCAACAUACAGCAUAGCACCACACAACAGCAUACUACUCCGAGCCAAUCAUCCAACGAAGCAUCAGCCACCGAAGGUGAAACGAGCCAGCCGAUACCGCACCAAGUAAGCACAAAAGCAGCAACAUCACAGUCACAACAGCCAACAUAUCGAUCAGUAACUUAUGUCCCAAAACUCACUGAAAGACUCAAGAAGAUAUUAACUCCCGACUAUGCACACAUCACUAUCAGCAGCAGACAGCACAACACGGUUUCCCAAUUACACACGGUAGUCAAAGAUCUAAAAACAAAAGAAGAACACAGCCACAUUAUUUACAAAAUUCCCUGUAGCGACUGCAACAGUUGCUACAUCGGAAUGACUCAGAACAGACUUAAUAUGCGAUUAGCAGGACACAAAUCUAACGUAAACAAGCUACAGCAGAUACUCAGUGCCAGCACUAACACAAAACGAGAGCUGGACGAGUUAAAGGAGAAAACGGCACUCAUUAACCACUGUAUACAACACAAACACAGCUUUGACUUCAGUCGAACCACUAUUAUCGACCAUAGCAACCGCACCCAUAUUCUACCAUUCUUAGAAAUGUGUCAUAUACACAACACGCCCAAUACUGUCAACAAGCGAGUCGAUCUCGAUGGACUCAACACAGCUUACGCAGCUGUGCUGUCGAGUCUCAUACCAAAUACCAAUGCACCAGCCAACUAGUUCCUUCUCUGUCCCUGUCUUUCGAAUCUCACCACAAGUAACACAGAUUUCCUACCCCCCCGAAUCACAACUACUCCCCAUAACGUUACCAUCCGCCAUCGCAAUAGGUCCACAGCAAAGAGAUUUAAUGUACCCCGAAUCGCCCCAAUUAAUGUUGACGAUAAGCUCUAAAAAGCAUCCAGACAAGGAACGAACAAGAAUUAUGUAAGUCACAGACAACUCAACCACAGACAACUAGAUAAACUCUUAUCAAUUGUUAACAAAUUUAAGAAUUAAAACAGACACUAAUCGCUAAUAAACACCAACAGUUUCCCCUGAAGAUGUCACUGAUCAGUGACGAAACGUCGGACAGUA